GUCAGAUCUCAAAUGUCAAUAAUUAAUGAUUGUUUUCGACUUUCGUUGCCGUUGCUAUUAUUUAUCACACGUGCUUUGUGUAGGAAAAUAUUGUAAUUUUUCUUCUAGUCAGGUGUGUAAAACUCGAAAAUGAAAAUAACUCGAUACAAGAAAGUGCAGAAGUACCUCAAGUUUUAUUAUAACAACUUCGGUUUCCAUGAACCAUACCAAGUUCUAAUAGAUGGCACGUUCUGUUUUGCUGCAUUUAAAGAGCAGAUCAACAUACGCGAGCAAAUACCCAAGUAUCUAAAUGCACAAGCAAAACUCCUCACAACUAGAUGUAUAAUAAUAGAAACUGAAAAAAUAUCAAAAAAGGCUCAUGCAGCACUGACUAUAUUGAAACAGUUUGGUAUACAUGAAUGUGGCCAUAAAGAGCCAAUCUCUGGAUCUAACUGCAUAUUGUCUAUGAUUGGAAAACGUAAUGACAAACACUACAUAUUGGCUUCGCAAGACCGGGACCUACAAGAAAAGUUUAGGCAGAAAGCAGGUGUUCCUCUCUUAUAUCUCCAUAGCAAGGCUCCUACAUUAGAGAAACCAUCAAAACUAAGCUACGAAAAGGCGGGAAGAACAUUAGAAGCCAAUGAGUUCAUGUUCAUAUCUGAAACUCAAAAUGAAGCCCUUAAAACUAUGAAAAAGGCUCUUGGAGUUGAGGAAAAGGAAGUAGAAACUAAACAGGUGGUUAAAAAGAAGAAACCUCACAACCCUAAUCCAUUGUCUUGUAAGAAAAAGAAGAAAAAGCCAGGACAAAUUCCUAAAAAAGAGAAUGUGGGUGAGGGAAAAGUUAGAAAAAGAAAAAAGAAUAAAUUGCCCAAACAUGUUAAAGAGCAAUUGAAGAGUGUAGUCAGUUCUAAUUAAUGGUUAUUUUGUUUUAAUAAAAUUUUAUUUAUAAGUAAA